AUGAGAAUUGCUACUCUUCAAUUCGCGCCGAAGCUAGGCGAUCUCCACGGCAAUAUUGAGAAGGCAAAUGCUCUGUUGAAGAAUGGCAAGACCAUAAUGGUAGAUGGAAAGGAGCUCGGGGUUGGGGUCGAUGUGUUGAAGCCUGAUAUCUUGGUGCUGCCUGAGUUGGCGAUGACGGGUUAUAACUUCCCUUCGUUGGAAGCGAUCAUGCCAUAUCUCGAGCCAGCAGGUGAUGGCCCCUCUGCCUCGUGGGCGCGCGAAAUUGCCAGACACCUACGAUGCAAGGUCUGCGUGGGGUACCCGGAGAUUGAGAAAGAUGCUCAGAAUCCCGACAAAGCCGCAUACUAUAAUUCACUUCUGGUAGUCGACGAGAAUGGGGAGUUCAUCCUCAACUACCGCAAAAGCUUCUUGUACUACACCGAUGAAACGUGGGCAGCCGAAGGGCAACUUGAACGAGGGUUUCAUGAGCUAGAAUUCGCUUCCCAGGGCACUCUGUCUACCUUACCCAACCCGGCGCCGCAGGGUGAGCAGAUUCUAUCCGAGAAAAAGCGGGUCGCGACUUCCCUUGGGAUUUGCAUGGAUAUCAAUCCGUACAAGUUUGAGGCGCCAUUCACCAAAUGGGAAUUUGCAACUCGAGUUCUUGACUCCAAGACCCAGCUUGUCAUUCUGUCCAUGGCCUGGUUGACCACGCUGAACCGGGAAGAGCUCGAUGCCUUGAAGGAUAAGCCCGAGAUGGAAACUUUCAACUAUUGGCUUCAGCGAUUCUGGCCCCUGUUACAAAAGAGGAUGCAACAUGAGGUGGAUAUUGACGGCGGAAAGGUGGCAGAUUCUCCGAAGAAGAUCGUCAUAGUCUUUUCUAAUCGGUCGGGCGAGGAGCCACCAACAGAGGAUACCAAGCCACCGGCGCGAUAUGCGGGGACCAGCGCUAUUAUUGCGGUGACCCAACGGCCCACUCUUAAUGCUGCGGAGAAAGAUACAGGGUCAGGUGCACACACCCCGGAUGAGGAAAGUGAGAGAGAGGAUGCGGGCGUCCCAUUCGACGUCAAGAUACUUUGCUGGGACAUGCUAGGCGCCGCGGAGGAAGGUGUUUGUUUUGCGGAUACUACGGCGGAUGCACAAAUGGUCUUUGCCCUGAAAAAGGCUUCCGGGUGA